CUUAUAUUUCUUUUUUUACAUAGGUUGCAGAAUCCUGUUUACACUUUCUCAAGAUAAUUUGGUGUGAUUCAUCUUACUAUUAUAUGGUUAUGCACUUAAUUUUGUUGCAGGCCAAUGGAAUGGAUAAUAAGGGUGCAAUCUUGUUCACUAUGCACGAUCUGGCACAUGACUUGGCAAGAAGGACGGAAGAUCGAUUACGUUAUCGUCUGGCCAGCAAUCAUCAUAAGAAAUUUGAUGGCACGCAUGAUAAGGAUCUAAGGGCGCUACAUUGCGUCGAUUGUAGCAAAGUGGGGUUAAACGAUGACUCAGUGUCACGUAAGAAGCGCAUGCGCGUCCUGGAACUAAAGAAGAGCGCCGUGCAGAAGCUACCGGACUCCAUCUGCCAAUUGAGGAACCUCGGGUAUCUUAAGAUACCAGAAUUCUCUGGACUGGUAUCUCUUCCCAAGUCAUUUGCUCCAUAUCGACUUAUCAGGCUGUUCCGGGCUACUACACCUACCGGAGGCGUUUGGGAAGCUAAUCCGCUUAGUGCAUGUCAACCUGUCAGGCUGCUCUGGGCUUGCAACUCUACCUGAAUCAUUUCAGAAUCUCAUUAACUUGUCCCAUGUCAAUCUAUCACGUUGCCAUGGUCUGGCAGAGAUUCCCGGACCACUCCGGAAGCUCUACAAGCUGGUACACCUGGAUUUAUCAUUCUGGUCUUGUUUUGAAGGGAUUGUGAAAUGCCUUGGUGGAUUGACCAAUCUUCAACAUCUCGACUUGUCGCACCCUUGCUGUUACCUUCCACGACACCGUUCCCAUCUGCAAGGGCUAAAAGAUGGUCUAUGCAAGCUCACCAAACUCCGGUAUCUGAAUAUGUCAAUGUGCCUGAAUCCUAUCUUUCACUACCACCAGUCGAAAGAGGACAGGCUCCAAUACAUCGGAGAGUGUAUCAAAGGUCUUUCCGCUCUAGAGCAUCUGGACCUGUCUCAUAACAUAUUUCUCUCCGGUCUGCCUGAAAGUCUUAGCGAUGAUCUCAACAAGCUGCAAACACUGAACCUCUCAGGCUGCAUCAGACUCAAGAAGGUAGGCGAACUGGAGUCUGUUAAGUGUAUAACCCUGAGGAACUGCCGGGGUCUGGAAAGUUGCAGCUUUGUGGUUUGUGUCGAUGAUCUUGCGCCAUAUAUCAGCAGCAACAUUGUUCAGCUGGAGGGUGUAAACUGCCAAGAGCUCCAGAUAAGCCGCCUCGAAAAUGUCCGGUCCAAAGAGGAAGUGCGCAGAAUCAAAUUGGUAGAGAAAGAGAAGCUGGAAAAAUUGAAGCUUGGCUGGACUUUGGGGUCUCUCAGAUCAGUGGAGGACAGUGCUUUGUUGGAGGAAUUAGUGCCAACAAAUACAGGGCAGUGCCUUGAGAUACAUGGUUACAACGGCAUAUGCCUCCCAGAGUACUUAACUGGCCUCACUUCUCUGCGGGAACUGAAGAUCGUCUGCUGAUCGCAGCUCGAUUCGUUGCCCGACGGCAUGCAGAAACUCACCAGCCUCAAGGAUCUGCGUGUAUUUGAUUGUCCAGAACUGAAGAAGUGGUGUCCACUAGUGGAGAACCAGAAAAUUCUGGCGCACAUCCCAAACAAAUAUUAUGAGUACGUACAAUCAUAGUGCUC